AUGUACACUGACUUAGAUGAUGCAUUAAAAAUUAUAAAAGAAAAAUCGAACGCUCAAAUAGCCAACAACAAAUCAGUUUUUGGAGAAAUAGAUGAUGAUGAAGAAGAUGAAAAACUAAAAAAAUUCGUCUAACACGUCCCAUCGGGAAUAAAUUUAAGUGGCUAAAAUAAACGAGAAUAAUUUUACAGAGGAUCAAAGACUUAAAGAGGAUUUACUUCAAGUAGUUACAUAUCUGACGAGAAUAAUACUAAUCAUUCAAGAUUACAUAAGCCUAGUAGCUAAUAUUUUGGAGAUAAAUUAUAGAAAUUACAGAAAGAUGAAUAAGAUAAUAAAAAUAAAUAAUUGAGUGACUAAGAAUUAUAAAUUGCAAGAAACGAAUUAAAUAAAAUCAAAGAGUUAAUCAUAUUAGAAAAAAGUAAGGUCAAAAUUUGUAUGUUAUGUAAGAGAAAAUUCAGUAAUCCAAAUACUAUGGCUUAACAUGAAGAAAAAUCGGAAACUCAUAAAAAGUUAUGUGGAUAAUUUAAAUGA